GGUACAAGCCUGGUAUUCAGGGAAACCUUCAUGUGUAGGUAGGUUUCCCAGGGAUUGUGUCUUUGGCAAGACUGCCACGCUCACAAGGCAGGUUCUAGUACAGGAGAAGUUGGAGUACACGUGCUGCAGGGGUUCACAAAAGAUUAUAAAGCCCAGGCAUUAGGUCUAGUGAAAAUGUCUCAGUGAGAGAGUAUAGAGUGUAUCUAACACGGAGAAAAGCCAGACGUGAAUUAGGAGACGAUGAGAGAAAGGAGGAAUUGAGGUCAGGCGAAUGGAUUGAAAGGUCUGAGGGUUGAUGCUGUCUGUAACCCAAAUACCAAAGAUAGAAAACCUGGCUCUCCUGUGCCAGUGAGAUCCUGUGUUUCUCGACUGGUGUUGCACACUGUCACCCUGGCUCUUCAGCCUUCCUCUGUAUGUGUCAUACACCUAUCUGGGUAACCCACCUGUUCCUGUUGGUGCAGAGGGAGGAGAAGCAGCUUGAGGCAUCAUUAGAUGCACUGCUGAGUCAAGUGGCUGAUCUGAAGAACUCACUGGGGAGUUUCAUUUACAAGUUGGAGAACGAGUAUGACCGGCUGACCUGGCCCUCUGUUCUGGACAGCUUUGCCUUGCUCUCUGGACAGUUGAAUACUUUGAACAAGGUCUUGAAGCACGAAAAGACACCACUGUUCCGUAACCAGGUUAUCAUCCCUCUGGUGUUGUCCCCAGACCGAGAUGAGGAUCUCAUGCGGCAGACUGAAGGACGAGUGCCUGUUUUCAGCCAUGAGGUGGUCCCUGACCAUCUGAGAACCAAGCCUGAUCCUGAGGUUGAAGAGCAAGAGAAGCAACUAACAACAGAUGCUGCCCGCAUUGGUGCUGAUGUGGCUCAGAAGCAGAUCCAGAGCUUGAAUAAAAUGUGCUCAAACCUCCUGGAGAAAAUCAGCAAAGAGGAGCGGGAAUCAGAGAGUGGAGGUCUUCGGCCGAACAAGCAGACCUUUAACCCUGCAGACACCAAUGCCUUAGUAGCAGCUGUGGCCUUUGGGAAGGGGCUGUCUAACUGGAGACCUUCAGGCAGCAGUGGUCCUGGCCAGCCAGGCCAGCCGGGAGCCGGCACAAUCCUUGCAGGAGCCUCAGGAUUACAGCAAGUGCAGAUGGCAGGAGCUCCAAGCCAGCAGCAGCCAAUGCUCAGUGGGGUGCAGAUGGCCCAAGCAGGUCAAACAGGAAAAAUGCCAAGUGGAAUAAAAACCAACAUCAAGUCAGCUUCAAUGCAUCCCUACCAGCGGUGAGUGUGGCUGGCAAUCCCCACUCCCAGGUGCUCUUUGCAGAGGUGGGCAGUGAAAUCGCCUUUUGCCCAAAGCUGAACUAGAUGUGUACAAUAAAAAGAACGUGAGCUUUCAGCACCAGACAAAUCCCAGCUUCACCACUGACUGACUGUGUGACCUUGGGCAAGUGACCUAAUUUUUCUGAACCCGUUUUCUUGUUUAUAAAUGGUGAUACCUACCUCAUAGGGUUGUUGUGAGGAUUAAAAUGAGAAAAUGAAUGUAAAACACUUAGUACAGUGUGUGAAAUAAUGGGUAUUCAAUAAAUGAUAGGUUUUUUUUAUUUUUAUUUUUUUAUGUU